AACAUCUGGCAAGGUACUUCGUCAAACAGCAGAAGCCCCAGCUUUUUUAAUAAAGCUUGACAUUUGCUUUUUCUUGCUUUUUAUCGUACCUCUGCAGGAUGUCUUUGCCCUCCUCUUUCGGUUCGCAGGUCUCCGCCAUCAUGGAUAUGUUGGCGAAAGCUGCAGUCACAGAAAUAACGAAGCUGGUGGAGGAGGGGGGUGUUGUGUUGAGGCUGGAGAUGUGUCGGAGGGACAGUGAGAUCCAGGAGCUCAAGAGAACUUUAAAGCUGAUGGAGGUGGAGCUCUGCAAAGCCCAAGAAGCAGUCAACAUCCGGGCAAUAAUGGAGGAGAAACAGGAGCAAACAGCAGCCGGGAAUCAGGUCCUUAGAACAGUUGCAGACCAACAAGAACAUCAGGAAGCAUGUGGAGUGUAUCUGAACCCAAAGUCGGCUCAUUCCCUGUGCGAGACGGUACACGUAACAGAGAAGAUCCAUGACAUGAAGCCAGCGGUGAAACACGAGCCAGCAGAAGAACCCUUCACCCAGGAAACAGAAAACACUUUAACAGCAGACAUUUGCUUUGAGGCGCGAGAGCCAGAUGACAUGAUGUGGCCUCCUCCUGCUUGCAGCAUGUUUGAUAAAAGCUCCGUUGCAAUGCAGCAGAACAUGCAGAUUUCCCCCUCUGACAAUGAGCAAUAUGCUGCUCACAGAAACACAGAAAGCUCCUAUAACUCUUCAGCAACUGCAGCACAGGAAAUCGCAGGUGGUUCUUUAAAUGUGCCGAUAAAAUUAGAGGUAGAGACUCGACCUAUGUGCAUGGGAAGUACGGCUGUUCACAAUGAGCAGUUCAGACAUGCUCCACAUCCUGCAGUCAGUCAGGAUCCGUGUUUGGAGUCUGCUUCUCAACAUGCCGGGCCGUCACUAGCUCCGCCUCAUGCACAGAGGUCCCCAGCAGAGUGGCACAUCCUCAAUGUAAACAACCAAAGAGCAAAAAGGCUCAUGAAUGUUUGGAGAACGAAUCAGAAACUGUUCAUCUGCUCGGUGUGCAACAGGGGUUUCCCUCGCAAGUCUCAGCUAGAGGUGCACAUGGCCUCCCACCAGACUUUUAAACCCUACCGGUGCCUCGAAUGCGGGAAAUCUUUCACCCAGAAGACCCGGCUGAAGACGCACCAAAGCGUGCACACGGGGGAGAGGCCGUUCAGCUGUAAGAUCUGCGGCAAGAUGUUUUCGAGGCAGGACAACUGCACGAGACACGAGCGGUUCCACAGCGGGCUGCGGCCCUACAGCUGCGGACAGUGUGGGAAGAGCUUCACGGUGCUGGGUAACCUCAGAAUACAUCAAGAGAUCCACCUGCAAGGAAGAUAGCGAUCAGAAGACAAUUUACAUCUUGUACUUUGACAGUUUUAAUGCAUUUAAUACAAACAAUGUAAAUGUUACAUUUCAGGGUGGUCAAACCAUUGGUGAGGAACAUUAUAAUUAAACAAUGUACUGCAUAUGUUUAGGUGCAGACUCAUGAUGUUGCCCAACCUAACCUGAAACACACCAAAGUCCCUCUGUUUCAUAGUAAAAGGAGAGUGGGUGAGUGCCUAUGCAAUAACCAUUUGUGUUUUUAAUUAACGUAAAUGAAAUUCAUAUUGAGAGAUUUUCUUUUUUUGUACAUUAAAUAUCAAUGUUCCCAUUUAUUUUUUUAAAUGUUGCCUUCAAAGUUCAAACUUAAAUUCUUUUUUUUCCCCUGCAGGAUUUUUAUAUUUGUAUACAUACAUUUAACUUCCUUGAGAUUCUUGAAAGAUUGUUAACUUGAGAGGAACAUUUGGGUCUCGGAUGUUUUUGAAAAUAGACAUGGAACAUUGAAAAUGCUUGAGUUUGUAUAUUUUGUGCAAGGAUACAAAUCUUUCUUUUACUUAAAGGUGGGGUAGGUAAGUUUGAGAAACCGGCUCGAGAUACACUUUUUGUUAUAUUCCAUGGA